GACCCGGCAAUCGGAGCAGGUGACCAAUGGCAACGAGCCGGCGGCUCGGCGGCGUCGACCCGUUCCGGCGAUCGAGUCUUCCCCUGCCGCAGACGCCCUCGCCGCGCGCGCGCGCGCGCGCCUCCUUCACCAACCAGGAAGCCAGCCAACCUACUCCCCGGUCGCCGACUCGCCGGUCUCCACCCAGACUACAAACGGAGCUCCGCACGAGCGCGGCCCGCGGCUUUUCGUCCCCCGCUUCCGGCCGCGGCACGGUGCCAUCCCCACGCUUCCUCUCCGGUCUCGUUUGGAGCCGAUCGACACAGUGUACUGCUUCCUCCCUAGGAGGGCCCGUUGCUAGGAGGAGGAGCCGGUUUUCUACUCUGAUGAUGACUGCGUACACCACAGGGACCCCGGAUCUAGUUGACUUCAAUUGGGAUGCUCUUGGGUUUCAACUGGUCCCUACAGACUUCAUGUAUUUAAUGAGGUGUUCUUCAGAUGGGGUGUUCACAAAGGGUGAAUUGGUACCAUAUGGGCCAAUUGAGCGGAACCCAGCAGCUGCAGUGUUGAAUUAUGGUCAGGGAUUGCUUGAAGGUCUAAGAGCUCAUAGAAAAGAGGAUGGAUCAAUCCUUCUUUUUCGCCCACAUGAAAAUGCAUUGCGGAUGAGAACUGGUGCAGAUCGGUUAUGCAUGCCUGCACCAAGCGUAGAGCAAUUCCUAGAAGCUGUCAAGCUAACUGUUCUGGCAAACAAACGCUGGGUACCUCCUACUGGUAAAGGUUCUUUGUAUAUCAGACCACAGCUAAUUGGAAGUGGGGCUAUCCUUGGUGUAGCACCUGCUCCACAGUAUACAUUUAUUGUGUUUGUUUGCCCAGUUGGGCAUUAUUUCAAGGAUGGUUUAUCUCUAAUCAGCUUGUUAACCGAGGAAGAAUACCACCGUGCUGCACCUGGUGGAACCGGUGAUAUAAAGACUAUUGGGAAUUUUGCUUCGGUUGUUAGUGCUCAGAGAAGAGCCAAGGAGAAAGGCCAUUCCGACGUUCUAUACUUGGACCCUAUCCAUAACAAGUUUGUGGAGGAAGUUUCUUCUUGCAAUAUAUUCAUGGUGAAGGAUAAUGUUAUUUCUACUCCACUGUUAACGGGAACAAUUCUUCCCGGAAUCACAAGAAAAAGUGUAAUGGGAAUUGCUCAAAACCUUGGAUUUCAGGUUGAAGAGUGUAAUAUUACAAUCGAUGAGCUGCUCGGGGCAGAUGAAGUUUUCUGUACUAGAACUGCUGUUGUACUGUCACCUGUCGGUAGCAUCACUUACCGUCAAAGAAAUUGGACAGACUGCUGGGAAGGUUACAUUUCCUCAGGACCGUGCCUGGUUACAUUUGGUCAGGUGACGACAGGGCAGACAUGGGAGCAUGUUGCCAAAUAAUGGCUACAGCAGGCAGAACAGAGGACUGCACUUGAUGAUGCACGUACACCUGGGGCCGUCUGAUCUCUUCCAGCACUACAGCCCGUGACGCACUGUCAGUUCAUCAGAAACCUAAAAAAUCAGCAGCUGCAUUAUUUGGCCAUGAACAGCGGAUGAGACGAGGUUUAAGCAGCUCCAUCUUGCUCCAGGGCUUCCGAGAGUCCGGAUGAACCAGCACCACCUGUCAUCGGAUUGCUCGCGAGGACGCAUCAAGCCACGAGCCAAAGCUUUGCUUACCUGCUUCUGAUUUCCUGACUAUUGGCAGCUGCAUGGAGAUUGGACUAGUGCGACAUCAACAUCUUAACAACCAGUUCUUGCUCUUCCAAGCACUGAAGGAGACAGUUCUUUCUCUCUCCGGUAGUGGCCGGUGAAGUGUUCACCUCAAGAACUGGCGAUCCAUGUCCUGUGUGUGGCUGCUAGCCGGUGAGGUUUCAGUGUAACCUACUCCCAGACAGACAGACAUCUGGCGGAUUCCUCCGUUUUUUUAUCCUCGAGAGCACGUUGGAGCACGCAGGAAUCUUCUGACAACCAAACAAGAACGCCGGUGGUUCAGAGAAGUGACCAGUAAUAAUACACGGUUACUAGUAGCACUAAACCAAACCAAGGGAUAGAUACCAUCUCGGUGACGAUGAACCGUUGGAAUUUUUCUGCGUGGUUGGUGGGCGCGCGAAAGGGCGAUGUGCAUCUCUCACCUAGACCGACGCGGCCGUCGGCGUCGUCCAUCACAUCGAUCUAUCAGCAUAUGACGGCGCGGCCAUCUAAUCCAUAUGCCGGCCGAA